UUUUUAAACAAUGUUCUUAAAAUUUAAUUAAACAAUUAAAAUAGUUUAAAAAAUGUCAAGUUUAAAAUGUUCUGGGUGUGAACUUAUUCUAGCAGUAUCGCUUUUGAGCUCUGUUUUAUCGUCACCUCUUCCACCUGCACAAUCCGUCGAUACAGAAGUUGAUAAAGAUCUGUCAAAUUUUAUAUUAUCAUAUGAUUUGAAUUCAAAUGCCUCUCGAAAUGCCAUCAGGACAAAACAAUCAGAACUUAUGCAGAGUUUUAUGAAUACGUCAGUAGAUCCAUGUGAGAACUUCUAUGACUACGCCUGUGGUAAUUGGGAAAAAUAUAAUCCAAUACCCAAAGAUAAGUGGAAAUACUCUACAACACAAUUACUGCAAAGUAAUCUUCAGCUUAAACUUAAGGAACUCUUAUCCGAACCUAUUGACGAUGAGAAUAAGCUCGACAAUGAUCAUCCUCGAAGUGCCAUGGAUAAAGCUAAAUUGUAUUACAAGAACUGUCUGAAUCAAGAGGCAAAAAUUACGGAGGUUAAAGCAGAGCCUCUUUUGAAAUUCAUCAACGAACUCGGCGGAUGGCCGGUUUUGGAUAAGAACUAUUGGCAACGUCAUAAAAAAUUUGAUUGGGAGGAACUUGCAGCCAAUACCACCUUUGUAGGAAAUGGUAUAUUAAUUGGGUUUGAUGUGGUGAAAAAUCCAACCAUUUCGACAGAGUAUACGAUAUUUUUGAAACAAACAACGUUAGGAAUGGUCAAUAGGGACAAUUAUUUGAAGGAAGAAAAUUCAAAGAAUCUUGAAGCCUACAGAUUAUUCGUUGAAAAAGUCCUUCGAUUGCUGAAUGUUGAUGAAGAAAGAGCUCACAAUGUCUCCACAGAAAUCGUAAAUUUCGAAGUAUUAUUAGCAAAUGCCACACUUCCCUUGGAAGCCACGAAAACUGAACAUUACUACCAAUUAAAUGUAACGCAACUUUCCAAAGCUUUUGGAUACAUUGACUGGAAGAAAUAUAUAACGAAUGUUCAAGGCGCCGAUGUUAAGAUGAACCAAACUGUUCUGAUACAACUUGGUGUAAAGUAUUUCGAAAAUCUCUACCACUUACUUAGGAAAACCAGAAAUGAUACCUUAGCGAAUUACAUGAUCUGGAGGUGUGUACUUUACGUUCUUAUAAAUCUUGGCAACGACUUCAGAGCUCCCUUGAAUGAGUUUGCCAAAACUGUAACGGGUCAAGUGGAACCAACGCCAUUGUGGAAGAUCUGUGUUAACCAAGUUAAUACGGGAAUGGGAAUGGCAACGUCUGGUAUGUUCAUAAGAAAGUACUUUGAUGAGACUAGCAAAAAUGAAACUAUUAAAAUAAUCAACUCGCUCAAGGAGACUUUCGAUGAGAAUCUUCUAGAAUUAGAUUGGCUCGAUGCUGAUACUAAAUCUUAUGCCAGUAAGAAAGCCAACGCAAUGAGGGUUGCCGCUGGUUAUCCCGACUACAUUCGCUCUGAAGAAUCACUGAAUAUACUCUACAAGGAUAUCAACAUUACGGAAGGAACACACUUCGAAAAUUGUUUAUCUGUGACGAAACACAAUUGGCGAAAGAGUCGUGAUCGACUAUUCAAGCCCUACGACAAGAAUCAAUGGCAAAUGCCUCCAACAAUUGUGAAUGCCCUCUAUGAUUUCGUAGCUAAUCGAAUUCUUGUACUUGCCAGCAUAUUACAACCUCCAAUUUACCAUCAGUACUACCCGCAAUCAUUGAACUACGGUGCAAUGGGAAUGUUCAUGGGUCACGAGAUAAUCCAUGGUUUUGAUGACAUAGGUCGCCAGUUUGAUUUAGAAGGGAAUCCUUUGGAUUGGUGGACUCCGAAAGCUAUGUCCCACUUUGACGAAAAGAAGAAAUGUUUUCUCAAUCAAUAUGAUGAUCUUUCCAAACAGGAUCAGAGCUUCAAGAGUAUUGCAACGUUGAGUGAGAAUCUGGCGGAUAAUGGUGGGAUUAGAUUGGCUUAUAAGGCGUACUCCAAGUGGAAGCAAUCGAAUGGUCAUUUGGUGAAAGAUGAAGCCUUUUCCAAUAUGAAACUUAAUGAGGAUCAAUUGUUUUUCUUAAGUUUCGCACAGACUUUUUGCGCAGCAACAAGACCAGAGGCAUUGAUUGAGUCCAAAAGCUACGAGGCACACAGUCCGGAAAAGUAUCGCAUACUGGGGGCAUUGAUGAAUUUCGACAAAUUCUCUGAAGCCUUUGAAUGUCCCAUUGGCAGUCGAUUGAAUCCUAGCGAAAAAUGUAGAUUAUGGUAGGUGUGUUUGAUUUAUUGGUUUUUUUUGGAAUAAACUUUAACAUUAAAAUUCGA